AUCUAUUUUAGUACUUUAAAACUCAUUGGAGAAAGAAAAAAGUAUAUUUUUUUUUCUAUAAAAAUAGGAAAGAAAGAAGUCGGAUUAAUUAGCAUUGACAUUUUGAAUAUUUGGGCCAUGUUUCUUCCGUGUUUUCGUUCCGAUAAUAAUAAGGUCACAACAACAAACAACAAGCAAUAGAGUUGAAAACCCAUAUCAAAUCUCCGCCGUUCCGCUCCUAAAUUCUCACAAAUUCAUUCAAAAUGUGGCCGUCCUUUCUCAGUCUCGUUUCCUUGUACGGCCGAUAUCUCCGCCGCUGCUUCUCCGCCGCCGGCCUUUCGCAGCAAGUCAUCCACAUCGAUGACGAAACCACCAUCUCCUUUUGGGGCCCCAAACCUCAUAAAUCCACCGCAAAACCCUCCCUCCUCCUCCUCCACGGCUUCGGCCCUGCGGCGAUUUGGCAAUGGCGUCAACAAGUCCAAUUCCUCGCCGAUGAUUUCGACCUCUACGUUCCUGAUCUCGUAUUCUUCGGCGGUUCGACUACCAAAUCGGCGGAGAGGACGGAGAUUUUUCAGGCGAUGUCCAUCGGAAAGCUUGUUGAGAUGAUCGGAGUGAAGAAAUACUCGGUGCUGGGGACGAGCUACGGCGGAUUUGUGGCGUAUCAUAUGGCGAGGAUUUGGCCGGAGAGGAUCGAGAAGGUUAUAAUUGCAAGCUCUGGCGUUAAUAUGAGACGGAAAGAUAACGAGGCGAUGUUGAAAAGAGCUAAUGUGGAGAAGAUCGAUGAAUUUUUGCUGCCGGUUACGGCGGAACAGUUACGGACGUUAAUGAAGCUCGCUGUAUUCAAGGGCGGAGGGAGAAAGAUGCCGGACUUCUUCUUCAACGAUUUUAUCCAUAAAUUGUACAUGGAAAACAGAGAGCAAAAGAUUGAACUCCUAAAGUCCCUCACUCUUGGAAGAGAAGACUCUAUCAACCUCUCUCCACUUUCUCAGGAGGUACUGAUAAUAUGGGGAGAUCAUGACCAGUUAUUUCCCUUAGAAAUGGCAAAAGAGCUCAAAGGGAUUAUUGGGGAGAAGACAAGACUGGAGGUGCUGAAGGAGACCUCACACGUUCCUCAGAUUGAAGCCCCUGCACAAUUUAAUCAACUUGUUAAAUCUUUCUUAUGUGGCUCUUCGUGAUCAUUUAUAUAUUAUACAUAUUACAUGAUCAUUUUCUCUCUAGCUCUCACUUCUCAGUUUAUGAGUAAUAUAAUAAAAUCAAACUUUAUCUUGGAUAACAA